GAGAUCCCUUUGUUUUGAGUGAGUUUCAUGGGUUGUAUUUGGGAUGCUUAAUGGGUCAGAAUGGGCUAUAACAAAUAAUGGGUUAACUUGGGCUCAGUCCAAAUUGACUCAUGAGCUAAUACUUUUAUAGCCCAACCCAUUAAUCUCUGGGCGGGUUGGAUGGGUUUGGGCUCAAAUUGCCACCCCUAGGUUAACUUAGGUUCUUUGUGCAGAAAUAAGAGAGUUAUAUGCUGUUAAUAGGUUUUAAAACUUUUAACAAAUUACAACAUGCAAAGGAAGGGUGAAAUUCUCUUACAGCUUUUCAGGGUAGCGUGUGGAGGAGGGAAUGGAGACAUGUAUCGGGGUUUAAUUGCUAUCCUCGAUUGCACCUUUUUUGAGUAUGCUUUAUUUUGAAUGUUAAAACAGGCCACUAUGCUGUUUAAGAAACUGUGCUUGAAGUUGGAUGCUUUGUCUCAUUUCCACUUCACUCCGAAACCGGUCAUAGAAGAUAUGUCUGUACAAGCAAAUGUCCCUGCACUUGCAAUGGAAGAGAUUGCACCUGUGGCGGUCUCUGAUGCAGCUAUGCUGGCUCCCGAGGAAGUGUUUGCUGGCAAAGGAGAUGUUAAAGAAGAAACAGAGUUGACACAAGCAGAGAGAAAAAGGAGGAGAGCAAAGAAGAAAAGGAAAUUUAAAGCCGAGUCAUCAAAAAGGAUGGUCAAGGCGGCACCACAAAAUACCUUGUCUGAUGAUGCUGAGAGGAAUGAGAAGUCAUAAUGUGUACCAGGACUGAAUCUGAAUGGUGCUGCCCCUCACCCAAGCAAUUGAGAAAACAAUUUUGGCGCGGGAGGUUCUGCGUCCCUGCUCACCCGCUCGGAGCUACAUCUCAUAGAAAACACUUUAGUGUCCAUUGCGAACACGAACUGAUGUCCGCAGGAAAAGUAGGUGGCAUCAUUUUUAUGGUAAUUUGGCAUACAGAUGAUCGGAAGAAAUGUCAUUACUGGCCCAAGUUUUUGUUGAGAAGAACGAGUUACCUCGCAGGAAAGACAACAACAUAAUUAUGUAAUGUGUUUUUUUUAAGGGAGUUCGAGUCCUUACAAUGUAAUUUAUUAUUUUUUAAAAGGAGUUUGAGUUGCUUCACAGGAUAGGUAACUUCAUUACAAUGUAAUGUGCUGCUUUUUCAACAAGAGUUUAGUGGUCUUGGGCGUCUUUAUGUUGAAUUUAAUGGGAAUUGGCCAACAGCUUUUGAAAUGUAAAGAGUUGGAUUUUUGGGUGAUAAAAA